AUGGCUUCUCAGGCCGGCGAGGACCCCAUGAUCGCUACCCUGCCGCCAGCGACUGACUAUAUGACCUACCUGACAUUGCUGGAGUAUCAGCUAACGCCACAGAAUCUCCCUACGUUAAAUCGUCUCCUCAGCGACGAUGACGGUAAACUCGCCGAGGAGAUUGGCUGGGAUUUGCCGAAGCUUAUCCUACCCAUGCUGAACGAGAACACUGCAGAAGCCGCUCGAUGCUUGGAGAUAGUGGCUCGUAGGGGCAACCCCAGGGAGGUUGUUGUCCGGGUUGCGGAAGAGCUGGAGAAGUUGGGUGAUCAAGCCGACAAGGUCGACUCUGAAGACGGCGACGAACAAAGUGAACUCCCGACUUUCCCAGGAGAAGCGCCUCGUGUACAUCUGGGAGGCAUGACCCUUGAGGGAAUGCCGGAUGCAGAGAAAUUUCCUGGAGGCAGCGACCCGACAGGCCCGUUACAGGAAUCCUCACUCAAAACUCUGCAGUUGCAAGCACUUUUCAACAUGCUAAGCCACCUUCACCCUAGGAUCAAAACGCAAUACCCGACCCGCUUCCUCGCGACGUCCCUCCCUGCGGCUCUGGGCGCCUACCGCCAACUUCCUAUCACACAGGCGACUACCGCCGCCUUUCUGAGCAUGCUUGAGAACUUAGCCGGCAAGAAGCGACCUCCACUACCGCCGCGUCCCGGCACCCAAGGUGAUACGCAACCAGCGAGCACGACCGGAGCUAGCCUGCCAGAUCCAGAGGCAAAGGCUGAAGAGGAAAACACUGGUGUCAAUAUUCCCUCUGAUGCUGAAAACGCUAUUAUCUUCCGACUGCUUGAUGCUGUUCUGCUUGAGGUUUUGGACGAAUAUUUGUCCUCGCUCAGCACUGAUGAGUACCCUUCGAUGUCAUGGACGGCUCGACUGCGGGAACACCUCGAGCCCACGAGGGUUGUGCCUGGAAGAUCAACAGAGACCGAGCAGUGGAAGCAGACACCGGAACUUGCCGCGAGAGACGGUCUGUUGGCCCGCUUCUACUCAAUCAGCAAGGACUUACAACUCGACACAAGUCAUGAAAUCAGAAAACUGUUGGAUGAAGACGAGGAAGAUGAAUCCGAAAAUCCGUACCAUGAAAAGGAACCAUCAGAAUACCCAACGUCUCCGUCACAGAUACCAUUCCCCCGAGCCGGUGUUAUCUACCUACGGGCAUACCAUUCCUUCCUGGGCCCCUCGGAUACCACAACGCUUCUCACGACAACUGAGCUCACCAAGCUGGUCGCGCGCUCGUUUCCCCUGAGCGCUACGCCGUCCAUCCCUUUGCCAGCCCUCCAAGACGCCCUCCUCUCUCUUCUGUACAAGCAAACAUUGGCAGUGGCGGCUGCGCCCACGACGCCUCAGCCUUCACCGGCAAAAUUCCUCCUCCUCCUAAGUACGCUCACCCAGCUGUUCACCAUAACCCCAUACCCUGCCCUCCGCGACUCCGCCCACUACAUCGCCGGCAAGUUGCUCCAUGCGUACCCGGACCCCUCCGUUCGGCUCAGAGUCAUCACCCAGACAUUAGAGGGGGCCACGCUAAGCACAAAUUGGGCCGAAAUCGAGGACGAAGAGAUAGGCGCGCAGCAGCCACCAGAGCCGGAAAUUGUGGAGGAAACAGGCCUGACCAGGAGCACAUCCGCGCUGGUUCCGCACCCGAUCCCUCUUGCGCCGCCGCAGCAGUUGGGACAGCUGAAGGCCAUCGGCGUAGAUUGGCUAAAGGACGAAAUCGCCGCAUGGAUGGCCGUCAAAGCCAACACAAGCGGGGAGGCAAGCGCACCCAUCGUCAUCGGAGCACUUGAUCCCAUUCAAGUGCUUCUCAUGCCAGAAUCGCUGGAAUCGAGCGAGGGUGACCAAGCCAAGCACGAGGGCACUCCCACCCUUCUCGAUCUUCUUUUCCCUCGCGAUCUGCCCGAACUGCCUAUCAGCUCCAGCUCAACCUCUCCGCGACCCGAUGAGGCCGAAGCUACAGACAACGAUGCCGAAGAAUCCCUUUCCGAGUUCCUCCUCUCUAUCCCGUUUUACAUUUCCACGUUGAACCUCAUCUGCAUCGUUCUGCCUUACCUCUCUAGCGCGCCUAGCAUGGGCGUGCCGGCUCUGAAGUCUCGAAUGCUGAGACAUGUGGAAUCGUUGAACAGAUCGUCCACGUUUCUGGUCGACGUCUUGCAGCACGUUCAAGCCGAGACGCGUGGCCUUGGAGGAGGUCAAGAGGGAGGAAGCGCCGACGAGACCGGUAUUUUCGAGGCCAGCCGCGCCGAUAUUUUCGCCUUGGAGGACGCGUGCGCACGUGCGAAGAGCCUGUGGGAGAGGUCAAGCCAAUAG